UCUCCCAAGGAGAACAAGCGACGGAAUCCGUCGUCCGAGCUGAACCCCACGAUUAUCGAACUAUCGCGACUCGAGCUAUCGCAUUGAAUAUCUAAAAUGGCGCCCUCGCUUCUCUAUAACCCGGCCAAACUCCCUCCUUCGGCAGCUCUCCAACUCGCACAGCAAGCCCCCGUUGUCUUGCAAGGAUCGUCAUCAGCGUCCGAGACGGUGGACCAGUGGGCAACAUACGAGAAUCUGCUGCUAUCAUGCCUCCGAACCGGCGAUGAUGAAGCUGCCGCAAAAUGCAUGGAUCGACUAGAGGCACGGUUUGGCGCCGACAAUGAGAGAGUGAUGGCUCUAAGGGGCUUGUUGUCCGAGGCCCAGGCCCAGAACAACGGAGAGCUGGAAGCGGUGCUCAAGCAAUACGACGCGAUUCUGGAAGGAAACAGCACCAAUAUCCCUAUCACAAAGCGUCGGAUUGCCCUCCUACGAUGCAUGGGCCGCGUCUCGGAUGCCGCAUCGGCUCUCGUACAACUCCUCGACUUUUCCCCAACCGAUGCCGAGGCCUGGUCUGAGCUGUCCGAUCUCUACUUCACACAAGGGCUAUAUUCCCAGGCCAUCUACGCGUUGGAAGAGGUCCUCCUCUUGUCGCCCAAUGCCUGGAACAUACAUGCACGACUGGGAGAGUUGCAGUACAUGGCUGCCACGACUUCCGGAAAUGGCGGUGGGUCCCAGCAAAAAUACUUGGCCGAGGCGCUCAAGCGGUUUGCUCGGAGCAUUGAGCUGUGCGACGACUAUCUCCGUGGUUACUAUGGGCUGAAGCUGGUCACCACGAGGCUCCUUAAGGAACAGGCCAAGCAGGCAAAGCAAACCGACGAUGGCGAGUUCACUCUGCCUGAUUCCAAGACAAUUGAGCGUCUCGACGAGCUUGCGACAGCCAAGCUAUCGGAAAUUGUUCGUCACAGCACUCUGAAGGACAGGGGCUGGCGCGGCUAUGACGAACGUGAGGUUGCAGCCGCCCGGGAAUUGCUCUCACAAAAUGGAAUUGAGAGGUGAGAUUUGAUGCCGUUGAACGAGGCAAACGGCACGGCGCCCAGUCCAGUGACCGAUUCGAUAUGCCUAUUGCCUCUUUUGAUCUCUUGAUGGAUGGUGUUUGGCACAAUCGGAAUGUGUUAGCGAAACCCACCGGGCGUGAUGGAAGCCGUCGUCGCAAUCGGAAC